CCGCGAAGCCACUCACGGAGACCGACAAGGUGGCCGCUGCUGACGUCGCUCGCUUUUACUCGCGGGGACUUGUCGUCGACCUCAUAUCGUCUGACAGUUACCGUCGCGGGGUGCUGUGUGUACUCUGCUGCCGGAGGACCGAGGUGUGUGUGUGUGUGUGUGGCCGCGCUUUCAGUCCCGAGGAGACAACACGAGUCGUACUAUGGAGUUUGUUACCCUCCUGACCCUCACCGCCGUCAUGUUGGCGGGCCGCGGUGACGCAGAAGGCGUCCCCCCUCCCACGGGUGUGUCCUAUGUUUGGCUUGAUCUCCUCACGUUGCGCGUGUCCUGGAAGAAGCCCAUCGGGAACUUCCAAUACAUGUACAUGGAGAAGUCAACAGGAGAGCAAGAUAAACAGAGCACGCCAUGGAGAAAUUUCACAGUGGAACUCCUCACAGAAAAUAUGGUCUCUGACAAUUGGACGUACCUCAUUCAGACGGUUGGUGGACCCAGUGUGUCCCAAAUCAUUAAAUCCCCUAAGCCAAGAGCUGAAGUGAACGACAUCAAAUGUGUCAUCCACAAGACAAGUGGCACAGGAAUUAACUGCUCCUGGAUCCCAGGGAAUCAGAUGUUCAAUUUAUCCUAUAGGGUUUUUGGAAUGAAUUCGAACAACAACAAAAAAUUCACACCGUGCACUCGGCCGUACAGCAGUCCGACCAGGAAUGGCUGCUACCUGGAUCAUGCUAAAGCCGAGGAUAGUACCUGCAUGCUUUUCGAAACUCAGACUGGAUACAGCACCUAUGAAAUGAAACCAAUGGUAGAUCCGCCGGAGUUGAGCAUCAAAGAAGAAGGUGGUGAACUGAAACUGAGCUUUUCAAAACCAAAGGUUCCACAAAAUUGCAUCUGGACAUACAACGUCUGCUACAGCAAAUGCAAUCACCCCAAAGAGUGUCAGAACUUCAUUUGGAACAAAGAGCCGAUGUUUGUGCCCUACAAGAAAGACUGCCGUUACGACUUCUGGUCCAGCAUCAAGGCAGGCAAAAGUUGCAAAGGAGUUUUCAGCGACUUUGGCAAAGUCGUGUCUUAUAACUCCACAGCGACUAACGACACGCUGACUGUGGUUUCCAUCGUCCUCCCCAUCGUCCUGUCCGUCUGCAUCUUUCUGUCCUGCUACUGCUUCAGGAGGUACAGCUCCAUAAUUUGUCCCGUCAUACCAGAUCCGUCAGCGAUAUUCAAGGAAAUGAUGAUGAAUGGAAACAAAGAACUUAAGACAACGGGGACUCUGUACGCGCCGGUUCCAGAGCCCAUUGAAUCCUGCAGAGUUGACCCUGUCCCGGAUUACAUGCUGAAAUCCUGACGUACACACGUGCGCUGCGACGCCUGCUGUACCAGUCGGACUCCCACCCUCGGCGGAGUCGUGAAGGAAUGUUUUUACAAAGUGUGCUUUACUUCUGGAUUGUGUUGAGGCCGAGCGAGCUGUGUCACUGCAGCCCAGGGACAACUUCCACCCCUGGAGGCCAGCAAAUGACAAGAUAUUCAGCAGCUUUCCUGCCAACUCGACCUCAAAGCGCUGUGCAGAUUUGCGCCGGUCGGUCAGGCCCGAAUAAGGAAACGCAUUGAUCCUUCAGGGAGGCCCUCAAAAACUGCACACAGAGGGCCACCAGGCUGUGUACCCGGCAAUGAUGACAAGGCAAGAAAGUUUCCAUGCCUGUGAUGUACUGAUAUUGUCCUGUUGAUCGUGGGGGGGAGCAGAGGCUGUAUUUAAGUCGGUGAGCAGAUGACUGUCCCUGGAUUGCUGCUUUACUAGAAGAUGACAAAAGGAUAAGAAGUGACUCGUGUCUUGCCACAGCAAAGGUCUCUGUUGCGGGAAUGAAAGCAACUGCCGGAAAGUCGUCAUGGCAACUAGACAAUGGGCAGGAAGCAAUAAGUGGGAAGCACAUAGUUAUGAAAUCUAGUGAUUCAAAACAGUUAAUUUAUCAUCAAUUAAUCUGUACUUGAAAAUGUGUCUUGCGCUGUUAAAGCUUUUCAACCUUUGUACUCAACUUUUUGUGGAAAGACAACGUAGUUUUACAGAGUUAAAUGCGUUAACUUGGCUUUCAGGCUGCUGGUUUUGUGUAAUCUGGCUGCUUGUUCACAAUGCUGUAUCACUGUUGGUUACACACUCCUUCCUUCCUCAAACGCAAGCCGUCCCUUGUUGCCUUCUCACAUUUACCAACACUUCUGUGGGGAAAUAGUGAAUUCCUGCUGAUAAUUUUAAUUCAAAUAAAGAGAAAAUAGUUUUA